AUGUUUGACCAAGAAGACGACGCAUCGUGUCGCGAAAAGUGCUUCACGACCAUCACCCGCUUGCCGGAAUUCAUCGACCCGAAGCAAAUCCCAAGCAAAAGAGCGCCCUUCUCUACAAUUCAAAAUUAUGCAUUUGCACACUCGGUUGAGGCUAUCAUGCCGAAGGAGGUCUACUCGCAGAUCGAGUCCUUAUUGAAAGCCACGCUGGAUAAACCUCGAUAUGCGCGAGUAUUUAUGGCCCCUUCUGCUCUACUGGAGCAUGAUUUCUUCAACACCUACAUCAAGUCAGGAAAUAUUCUGAUGAUAUCUGAAGGUCGUUCGGGAUCUGAUAAUGUGUUCACGCUCCGAGACGGAGUUCUUCGAAUGGAGUUGGGAAAGGAAAUCUAUGAACGAACAGGUCUUACCGGCAAACCUUUCCGCAGCGGCGUGGUGGAAUUGAACCUUCGACUGCCCUCCAUGCUACAUGGCAAGAAAGGCUUCGAAAGAAUCGUCUGGGCCUUUGCGAAUGUUCUGACUCAGUCGAUGGCAUGGCUCUUUUACGAUCUAGAAGAUACCCCUGACACGGACAAAGGGACCAGACCAAUCCAUCAACUUCAACCUCAGCUAAUGACAUGCGAGCCAUCUGAGACUGAGCAUCGGCAAAUCCUUACCCCAGCAUUUAGCGCAACUGCACAAGACAUCGAUAAUAUGCAGGAAGGCGAACUGCAGGACCAUCUGGGCUCUCUUCUGGAAUGGAUUGCCUUGGUUCACAUAAAAUCACCCCGUGUGUCUGGGGAAGAUGACGUCGAUCCGUUCCUGAGCCGUUACUCUGUUCCAGAGAACUGUGAACCUUCCGACUUGAUAAGCGUGAAAUGGCAUGGCUACAUAUCAUCCCGCUGGGUAAUGGAACUAUUCUUAGCUCUACGACAUCAUACUAAAGGCAAAUCCUGGUUCUCUCUUGCCGUUUCAACGCUUGGAAAGGAAGCUGUGGAAGGCAGAGACGGGUUCACUUUGAUGGUACUACCGGAAGAGAACGCUAUGGCUGUAUCUUGGGAAUUGGUGGGAGCAUCCGUAGCCGAAAACUGA